AUGAAGUACACAAUUGCCGCCGCUCUCCUGCCUGUGGCCUGGGCAGCCAACAUCGACGCCCGCCAAGCCACCGACCUGAAGUACGAGAUCAGCGAUUUCGGAGCAGCCUGCUCGCCCGAUAGCAUCUACUCUACCAGCAACAACCCCGAAUUCAAACAGGGCUGUGACCCGAUGGCGACGACCGUCGAUGGCGAGCUGCCCGCCCUCAGCGAGACUCAGUGCGGAACGUACACUAUCUCGGUCGCCAAGUCGGACGAUGGCGGAUUGGUUUUGACAGUUAAUUCGGACAUGGAAGCGCUGACGGGAACCUUCACCAUCCCCAGCGACGACCUGAAGACCAUCAGGGAGGGCAAGGGUACCGUGCAGGAGUACACGGGCGAUUCCACCUUCACCAUCGACAUCAAGAACGCGUCGUCUGCUUCAGGUUCUGCCUCGGGCACUACUGCUUCUAACCCCACUGCGUCAUCAGCCUCCUCUGUUUCUCCCACUGCUGCUUCCGAGCCAUCUACCACGGGGACUACGACUUCAAGCUCCGCCAGCCCCAGUGAAACCAAUGGUGCGACUCGGGAGAGCGCAUUCGCUGGCGUCCUUUUUGCUAUGGGUCUGAUGGCCUUUAUUUUUUAG